UAGGACAAAUUGAUCCAAAGAUGCUACACUUCCAAGUUUUUUUGCUCCUCUUUCCAAUCAGCCUUACCGCAAUGCAGCAAAGUAACAGCCAUGUUUUUGGUAAACUUGGAGAAACUGUUCAUUUGUCUUGCUUUUACCAGAAACAAAUAGCCAUGCACUUCUCCUGGUACAAGCAUGAACCUGGGCAUAAUCCCAAACUCAUCUCCACCAUUUACAAGUAUGAUCAGAAAGCCAUGUUUUACCAUAAUUUCAAGAAUAAUAGCCGCUUUUCUGUGCUAAAUGAAAAAGGGAUACAUCAGUUGGUGAUAAAUAACCUACAGUUCUCAGACUCUGCGACAUACUACUGUGGAAGCUCUUAUUCCAAUGUAAUGGAAAUUAUCCACGGGACAAAAUUGACAGUUGAAGGAUUACAAAGCCACGUUUUUGCAACACAACAUGAUUUAUAUCCAGUUCAUCCAGGAGAUACUGUGAGUGUGCUGUGCACAGUUCUAAAUCAGAUUUGUGAGGGAAACCACAGUGUCUACUGGCUCAUACACAAAUCACAGGAAUCUCAUCCACAAAUUAUUAAAGCAUAUGGCAUGAGUUUUGAUCAGUGUGAGUGGAGCUUGGAGGCUGGUUCCAGAGCACGUAGAUGUGUCUACAACUUCUCUAAAAGGAGCCUAAGCUUCUCUGAUGUUGGGACUUACUGUGCUGUUGUUGCAUGUGGGGAGGUACUCUUUGGAAAUAGAACCAAACUGGACAUUGCAGGUGCAGAUUCCACAGAACAGAUGAUGACAUUCGUUCUGCUUUCCAUUGUUAGAACUCUCCUUCUUUUAAUCGUUAUCGCUGUGUUUUAUAUUUGGUAUUGUAUGAAUUCAAAAAUAAUUGCAAAAGCUGGUUCUCCACCAUUGGGAAAGGCUUUUCUAGAAAGACCUUUCUGAGCAGAGAGAAGAUCAUUAUGAAAUCAGCCUGUUAUUAUUCAUAAUAUAUCUCUGCAAUUUUAAUGAAUGUGAUGAAUUAGCUUGCUAACUACAUGUGUUAUUUAUUAAGGCAAACUUUUGAUCCAUGAAAUUUUUUUAAAGCUGUAUUUCCAUAUUUGUUUACAUUUACACAAAGCCACAGACAGAAUUACACAUUAAUGGUAAAUUAUAAAUAAAAUGUUAAUAGAUUAAUUAUUUUAUUAGUAGCAGAUGCAUUUUAUGAGAAUGGCACAUUUGGAAUCAUCAUAAUCAAAUAUGCACUUCCUCGCUAGGAUGUGAAUUGUUUAAUCUGGUUCAAAUUAUGAUUUCACUUAACGAUUCUGGUUUCAAAUAUUUUAAUACUUUUUAUGCUUCCAUAUAAAAACACAGUUAAUAAUCAUACUUUUUAAACAACUUUCAUUCCACCUCUGUGUUCAAUGAAACACUGCUGUGUAUCUUUUUUUCUCUUCAUACCCUGCUCCUCCUAAAAUUAAUACUAAGGUUAGGGGUGGGGUUGACAUUUGAAAUUCAUCCAUGUGUUUUUGAUCAUCCUUUAUCCUAUUCUAGAUUAUCCUACAUUAGUUUAAGUGCUUUUGGAGCAAAACAUUUUUACUUUUUCUCAUAAAUAAAACAUGAAAUAAGAUGAUAAAAGUGAGUGAGUGAGUUUAAUAAUCAGUCAUUUAGUCAAAGGAGUAACAAAGGCACACGAAACAUAUACAACAUAUAAAAUUGUAUGUUUCAAUCAAACAUUAAUUUCAGCUGAAAUACUUACCUUUCAUCUUUAGCUGUAAAAGUUGUGCCUGUCUGUUUUUAUUUUCCCUUGAUGUGUCGUAGAUGAUAUGCUGUGACAAAUAAUUUUAAGCAAACUUUUAAAAACAGGUCACUUAACCUUUUUGUUCCAUCCUGUCUCUGAAACCACAUGAUGUUUCUGUCUUGAUAUAUGUGUCUCCAUACCUGUGGGCACAUAUUGUACAAGAAACUUUCUAUAGCUCAUUACAUAUACUGCACAUAGUUGUCUCUGACCCCAUUACAAGGCAAAAACAAAGGCAAAGAGGAAGAAAACAACAAAAAUAUUGUUAAUACAAUGAAUUCAUAUCUUGAAAUGUUGUACUCAUCAGCUUUGACAUAUUUAA